AUGGCCGAAGCCGCGGAACCGACCAUGGACUGCAACCUGCCGGAGCUGCUGGCACAGGACCUUGAGUUCUCCGCCCUCAUAUUCGCCGCCAAGAACAUGACCGCUGGCGCUCCCUCGCCCGCCCUCGCCUCAGACGAAGACGACUGGCACGACACCGCCGAACCUCCUACCGUCCUCGGCGCACCAUGCCACCCCAACGGCGUAGCCCAGUUCCAGCCUCUGGGUGCCAUCGACGAGAAGAGCUCGGCCAGCGGCGCAAGCGACCAUGACAUUUCAGACGCCGCCUCGAGCUCGAGCGGUGACUCCUUUAGCAUGGCCGGGGGCGACCUCGACGGCGAAGACGACGCCGCCGAGUCACCGCACAUUCGUCAGCACUCCGUCCUCACUACAGACACCACAAUAUCUGCCUCGAGCCAGCCUGCGGCCGCAUCAUCCUCAUCGCAAAAACGAGUCGUCUCCUUCGGAGGUGAGGUAGACGGCAGCUUAGAGAGCUGGAUGGACUUUGAACCAGAUGCGCCGGCGGAUCAUCCCGAGCUCGGCAAGAGCCUAGUCCAAUCGCCAGUCUUGACGCCCAUCAAGCCGGUCCGGCCGCUAUCCCGACUAGGCGACCGGUCUAUCAACGAAUCACCGCCGCGGGCGAAGAGCGCCAAUGCCGCAGCCACUACGCGCCGGUUGUCCAACCCGUUUGAGGGUUACACCCGGCCCACCAGCCGGGCCCGGAGCUUGCAUCUGGAUCCGACAGCCGCGGCCGUGACUGCCGCCGCCAAGGACCAGAACCGCCAUUUGAUACCAUCGAUUAACUCACUACACUCUGUCGACAUAGCCGUUCCCACGCGCUGCUCAUCUCUAAAACACCGAGUGUCAUUCACCGAUGACGCCCGCAAAGCCAUCUCUACUCGGUCUCGUUCCCGAUCACAUGCGUCUUCACGGAAUGUGCAACCCGAUCAUGUCGUCGCGCAGGGCACGGAUCGCAGCUCAAUCAUCUCCGAUCUCAAGGAGGAACUCGAGCCAUGGUUCCGCUACAUCGACGCGCAAGACCCGCAAACACCAGCUCCUCACCACGGCCUGGCUCCCCCCUUACUCGUGACACCGCGCCCGACCUCCUGCUCCGGCGCCGGCGGUUCUUCCAGAGCAUUCACCACCCCGACCCCCCGUCCCCGGUCCCAGGCCCAAACAAGGUCCCGACCUACCUCGUCCCUGAGCGCGUCCUAUACCUGGCUCGAGGACCCGAUCGACAUCCCGCCCCCUCCCUCGGAUGAUCAAAGCCGCCGCAUCCCUCUCCCUCCCAACGUGAUGGAAUCCCUCCGCGUCUCCGUGACUUGCUUCCCCGAGACGAUGCUCCUCUGCUCCAGCCUCUCCAUCGAGACAAUCCGCAGCUACUCUCGCAAGGUCAGGCAACCCGCCGCCCCGGAAGCGCUCCGCCCAGACACCCCGCCCGCAUCCCCAAAACGCUGGCGUUGGCUCAGCUCCCGCCGCACCUCGAACCUCAACCGCCGCUGCUGCUCCCGCGGCGCAUCCUCCUCCUCCAACCUCGAUCUCCCCUCCUCAGCCUCCCUAGCGCCGUCGUCAACAGCGACCCUCGUCGUCCCGCCCCAGUGGUCCCGUAUCCGCAGCGUCUUCCCCCACGGGUCAAACUACCUCUGCGACGCCCUCUACGCCCACAUCGUCGCGUACAACUACCUCGCGCCCAUGGUCCAGAACAACACCACACAGUCGCCACUGAGACCGCCCACACCCGCGAGCCCCAGCAGCAGCAGCAUCAUCACGGACGACUCUAUUCCCAAAAAGGCCGCCAGCUUGCUCGGUAUCCAGGGCGUGCAGGGGAUGCAGGAGAUGGCCUCGACGAUGAUGACACCGCCAAAGCCAUUGCGGAAGCGCUCCAGCAUGUUCCUCGGCCUCCGGAACUGUUCAUCGUCUCGGCAGGCCCAAAUCCCACCGCCUGCUGCGGCUGCUACUGCCGCUGCCGUGCCGACAAUGACGACGCCCGCAGCACAGACGGGGCCGGUAUCCGACAUCCCCCUCCGGGAGCUGCAGCAGGGGCUGUCGCGGUGUAUCGCGCGCCUCGUGACGACGUUACGUGCCGAGGGAUCUGGUGGGUCCGUGGUGGGAGGGGACCUGAUCAACGAAGUUGACCCGCUCGUCAUGCGAUCUCUGUGCGAGAUUGUAAAGUGCUGCGAGGAGUCGCCGAGCACGACGAAUGAUCGGUCCAUGUAA